AGAAAUUCAUUUCAGCCCCACCCAUGGAGAAAUGUUUCAGAACUCUCAGGCACAUAAAUUCAAAUCAGUUGUAGCUCUCACAACUGCUGACUUUGCUUUCUUUGACAACUCUGACUAUCAAUCAGUGGACAGGAUGAAGUGUGUUAUGCUUUUUCUUGUGUUGUCACUGGUCGUUCUCAUGGCUGAACCUGGAGAUUGUUUUUUGAGAUCACUGUUGAGAGGUGCCAAGGCCAUAUAUAGAGGUGCCAGGGCAGGAUGGAGAGGCUACAGAGCCCACCGCAACAUGUAUAAGGCUAUCAAGAACAGAUACAGAUACCAGCAAGGCAAUGAUGGGCAAGAUUAUCAGGCCUCAUUUUGAGGAUACCGGAUGGUUUGAGCCACAGCUUUUUGCUUUGCAACGCCACACACAAGUGGAUCAGGAAACUCAAGACAACAAACCGGUAGUCUUGGGUUUGCACAAAGCAGCUGAGAUGCAGUGAUAUUUGGCACAGGUUGAAAUGAUCAUGAAAAAUAUCAAAUUGCUUGAUUUUGCAAACUGCUUUGAUGAAUAAACCUGCAUUAUAAAAGGCAAA